CUCUACUAGAAAAUUACUGAUUUUUGGAAUAAUUAAAAAAAUUAUGGCUCUCAUUAGGUUUGAAGAACAAGCUCAACCGAGAUGGCUUCUGCUACUCCCCGCCGCCGGCCCAACCGCAAGCCCAAGGCCAAGACCACGAGUAGCAGCACUCCUCCGUCUUCCCCGCCUGUCACUUCUCAACUCGUCACCGCCAUUCGACGCAACGACCUCGACGCCUUCUCGUCUCUCCUCCAGACUCCGAAGCUGGAUGUGAACCGCCGUACACCACAUGGCGACGCUCCAUUAGUUGAGGCCUGUCGCUAUGCACGUCUUGAAAUGGCUACACGUCUACUAUCCGUCCACGGAGCCAACGUUAACGUCUCCAGUAGCAACCGCAGUGCCAACCGCGUGGGACUCACACCUCUCAUCGCUGCCUGUAUGGCACUCCAACCAAAACUGGUGACACUGCUGCUGUCCCAGUCCCAAAAGAGGGUAAAUCUCCUCAAAACAUUUGGUCAAGUGAAUGCGGUCACAGUUUUACUGCUUUUCUGCGUCGCUAAUGGUCGAACAGAGGAGCAGAACGACGCGGCGCUGCUGAUUUUGGAGCAAUUAUUAAGAUACGCCAAGCAGCAGAACCAACUGAAGGAAUUACUGACUGCCAAACCGGAUAAAGUGAAUUCUCUGUUGCAUGUUGCGGCAGGACUGAGCAACUGGAAGGCGCUGAAGAUGUUGAGGGAACGUGCGGACGAGUUUGACGUGGAAUUUAAUGCUCGAAACGCCGUGGAGCACUCGCUGCUGCAUGUAGUGGAGAUGAACGCGUUCCAGGCCAGAUCAAUGCAGUUCUGUGAGCCCCCACGACCAGAAGUAGAGACUGGAGGGAAGAAAAGUAAGGGAAGGAACAGAAGGAGACACAAACAAAAGAAACAGGAGAGCAAAGAGGAAGAAAAGGAGGGAGACGACGUGAAGGAAGAGCAGGAGCAGGAACAGAGUGAAGCUGACAAGCAAACGUUUACUAGGUCGCGUCCGGAUCGCGCUGUAGAAGCCUUCCAUGUGACGAGAACCGUCAUGGAGCUGACCAAGAAUUCAGGGGUUGGCGCUAUUUUCUCGCGUAAGGGGGACGAAGGCCUACGAGGACUCUACAUUAAAGCUCUUGUGCUAGCGGAAGUGGGCCUUGUCUCGAUUAUCAAUGAGAUCGCUCAGAUGCCAGAUACGCAACAGGAGAAACUUGUGUAUAUCGAUGGCUUGAUGUACACGGCGGCGUCGGUGUAUCCUCUCUCCGUUAAGAACGCAAAAGAGUACCAGUCACUUUGGCGUCAAGCACUUGACAAAAGGCACAAUCUCGAAGCAACCACUGCUGCACGAGUUGAUGAGGAGGAGAAAAAGCGUAUACCGACGAACGAACAGCCAAUUGAACUAUCUCACGACGGCUUCAAGUUGAUCCUGAACGGAAUGCUUUCCUACAACAGUCUUUCCAAGCGCGUCAAGGUGUGGACUCUGAUCCUUAUGCAUCUGCUCACUCCAUUCGCUAGCGGGACUCCUCUCGCUGCUGACAAACGACCCGUUAUGGAGGAAUGCAGCCAGUUGAAGUUCUUCGAACGUAUCACCGAGAUGCUCUGUCGUUCUGGCACAAAGCUCGCUUUCUGCAUUUUUGACCGCACGGACAUCGAAGACGAUGAGAGUUAUGACGAGGAGAUCGAGUUUCACCUGUUGAUCUCUUUGUUUGAACUCUUCCUCCAGUUCUUCGCGCCAUAUGCUCGCAUAAUUCGUGACGGAGAGAGCAAGGAGCCCCUGGGUAUUACUGAAAGUUUCCAGCGUGCGAUCAAGCCAGUUAAACAGCUAUGGACGUUGGUGAAUGCUGCACUGGGGAGUAUGGAUGACGCUAUUGCCACACCACAACGUUUCUCCCUAUUGCUUCACUUGCUGCAAGUGUUCGAGCAGUUAGAAGCCGCGUUUGUUUCCGACGAAGAUAUGACGCUAGUGAAGCUGUUUGGGGUUAUGAACCGAUUCGUCAAGCAAGAAGCGAGGAAGAAGCGCAUUAAGAUGUUCGUUGCAGAGCAGUCUCACCUUCUACACACGAUUGCAGCAACAUUUCCAAUCCCAGCCUCCUUCGUUGACAAAGUGAUCCCACUAAAGGACAGUGUGGAUGUGCUGAUACGUUCCGACCCCAAGGUAUUAGGCAUGGACUUGUAUUCCUUCGCGGCAAUUCCGGGACUUAUCCGUCUAGAGCACAAAGUGGAUUACCUGGCCAUGUUGGCAGAAGAGCGCAACGGCUCCGUCUCUGUGUCGAUCAGCCGAGCGUCUGAGGCGAACUACGUGGACUUCAUCCUGCAGCAAAUCCUGAGCACCUCGGCUAGCAAUUUGAAGGGUGAAAUGAACAUCACGUUGGUGAACGAACCGGGGGUGGGCGUUGGUGUCACCCGCGAGUUUUUCCAGAUUGUCCAGAGAUGUUUCUUCCAGCCGGGAUUGACCGGAAGCUCGCAGUCGCGUGGUGCUCCGCCAGCGCCUCACGUUCUGGAGAUUGGAGCGCAGUGGCUUCAGCUUGCUCGAUCGCAAAACACUCACGACUCGAGCAAGAAACGCAACGCUAAACGUAGCCGACCGACACAGAGCAGCGGCUUUACUGAAUUAUUCCCCUUGUUUGACUUUGUGGACGAGCAGAAGCGUGGAGUUCUUGGCAUCGCGCCACGACCGGUGUACAUCAGCAAGCAGGUUAUGGACGCGAAGCGCAGUGCCAAGAGCUUGAGUCUAUCUCGCAAAGACAUGCUUGUGGACCCCAGUGAAGUGGAUGCGCUCAAGAAGGUGUAUCUCUGCAUUGGUCGCUUGAUCGGGCUGUCAAUUCGCAACCAUCAGCCACUUGGUGCCGAUUUUCCUGUGGUAUUCUGGAAGUUCAUGAUGCGAGACGGCUCGUUGACGUGGGAAAGCUAUUGUGAAAGCAGUGACGUGUUCAAACGCAGUCUCCAGUUUGUGUUGGACCACGAUUUCGACGGUGAGCCUUUAGAUAUGCGCUUCGAGUACACAACAGAAGUGGUGAUUGUCGACGAAGAAGCGAAGCAGAAGGAGGAAGCAACGGAUGCUGCUGUUGCUGCACCCUCGAACGUGACGAUGAGUAUGGAGAUGGAGCUUCAAGAUGGAAUGGGCGACGUUGAAGUGACGAACGCCAACAAGGCGCAGUACGUUUUGCUGCGUGCUGAGCAGUUCUUCUUCGGCAACGAGCUCGUGUACUACAAGAAGAUUCGGGACGGCUUCAACGAUACAAUCGCGCGUUCGGAUCUGAAACUUUUCCGCCCUGAAGAGCUCCGACGUCUCGUGAGAGGAGAACGCACGAUCGAUUUUGAGAGUCUGAAGAAGAAUGUGGUGUACUCGCGAGGUGCGUUGCCGUCUCGUGGCGUCGUUCAGCGCUUCUGGGAAGUCGUCGAGAGCUUUGAUCAAGAAAAUCGCUCCAAGCUGCUGACGUUCUGGUCUGGUUCACCACUGCCGCCCAUUUUCGGCUUUGACUCCAAGUAUCGCUCCAUGAACGCGGUAGGUCUGGCUAUUAACGCCUGGUAUUUGUUGAUUUCAGUGCUCACAUGCUGUUGCUGUUAGGAUACUGCGUGCUGGUACAUUGAUGUGGACACGCGGAUGCAAACAAGCUUCUGUCCCAUGGCCAACACUUGGUAAGAUAUGUUGGAAUCGUCAGCUUUGUGGUAAGAUGUCUUACAUUGUGUUCUCUUGUUGCAGCGAUCGUCGAUUGAUCCUCCCGGAUUAUCCAACAAGUACUGUACUCAGGGAGAAGCUGCUGGUGGCGCUUGAGCAUGGCAGUGUGGGCUACGACCGCAUGUAGAGGAAAGUAGUAAAACCAUCAUAGACGAACGGGUUAAAACUGUUUGCUCCUUAUUACAACACCGCAGUGUGGUCUGGACUUGGCACCCGCCCCGGUUCGCGGAAGCUGGAAGAUGUGGAUGUGUCUAUCGUAGGUAUUGGAGCGUAUCCUCUCUGUCCUCUCUGCUGUUGUUCCUCCACGUUGCCAAACAGAGAGCGGACAAAGUCGUAGAGGAUACUGAACGGACAGCACACGACCUGCUUGGCUCGCUGUAGCCACUCAUGGCUGAGCCACGACAAGUAAUUACCUGUCGCCGCUGUCUGCAGUGCUCCCUUUUGAGUACCAAAGAGCUGCACUACUGAUCCUGGCCACACGUCUCCUUUCUUAAGUAGUUUUCCAUUGUGGAUCAGUCUUGCGUGUUCCCUGGAUCAUGGUCAAGUGAGCUAAGUGUCUCGAGUU